AUGGAAAAAAAUAUUAUGUUUAUCUUUUUUAUCAAAAUAUCUUUGUUUAUCGUUUUUAUUUGGAUAUGUCAUUUUUACAGUGACAUGAGCAGAUUUGACAAAUAUAUGGAUGAAAAGUAUGGUUUUGAUAAAAAAUUAUAUAAACGAAUUUAUCGAUUAUUAGGAAAAUGCGGAAAGGUUAUUCUUUCACAUAUUGGAGAUUUAGAAUUAAAAAUACCAUAUAAUACAAAACAAAAGAACAAAAACUUACUUAGAAUUGAUAAUGAAAAAUGGGACAAAGAAAAAAAAGAAAAAUUAUAUAGAAGUUCAUUAAUUAAGGAACAAUUGAUUAAGAAACUUAUGAAAAAUAAAUGUACCAUGUUACAUGGAUCAUAUUCCAAUUAUGAAAAAAAAUUACUGAAUGGACUUAAUGAUAGAACUUUUUUUAAAAAAAUGAUAUUAAUUAAUGAUAAGAACUAUAAAAAAUUAAAAAGUAAAAAAUACAGAUUACGACUUUGCUUAAUUUUAUUAUUGUUCAUAUUUGUAUUAAUUUUGCCUAUAGUAGAUUUAUCAUUUGGGGAAUUUAAAUCUAUCGGUAAUGUUUUAAAGGAAUUAUGUUGUUUAUUAGGAUAUAGUAACGGCGGGGAACCCAGUGCUGGAGCGCCUACUCCGGAAGGUUUAGAAGCUGUGGUGUCUUCUACAUGUAAAAUACAGAAUUUUAUAGGAAUUAAAGUAUUUGGUGUUCUAAUAUAUUGUUUACCUAUCUUAAUAAUGGGUAUUAUACUUAUACGAGGAAUUUUUUAUUAUUAUAAAAAUAUUAUAAAACAUAAAAAAAUUAGAUUUUUGGAAGAGUUCAUGGAAUGGUAA